CACCCGUUCUUCUCUGGAUACUCCCUUCACCUUGGCCAAAAAGGCUAAAAUGACGAAAGAAAAAGUGGACGAAAUUCAUAGGGCAGUGACAAAAUUUAUAGUCAAAGAUCUCCAUCCAUUUUCAACGGUGGAGUCACCAUCAUUCAGGGAGAUGUCCACUGCCCUUAAUCCAAGGUAUCAGCCCCCAUCGAGGGAUGAUCUGUCCAACACACUUGUACCUGCUUGGUAUUGCGUGGAGAAAAGCAACCUCAUCCAGAAUUUGGCACAGGUUAACAAGGUCGCUAUCACCUGUGAUGGAUGGACCAGUAUUGCUCAGGACCAUUUCCUCACAGUGACUGUUCACUACAUCUACAAAGGCAAAAUGAAGCAGAAUGUGCUUAGCACUGAAGCAGUUUAUGAGUCACAAACAGGUCCAGUGGUCGCUAAAGAAAUAUCAAGUGUUGUGGAGCAAUUUCACUUGGGAGGGAAAAUAAUUGCUGCCACUGUAGACAAUGCCUGCAACAUGGAUGUUGCUUUGAAAAAAUUGGACUUUUUAAAAGUGGGAUGCUUUGCUCAUACCCUCAACCUGGCCGCACAAAAGGUGUAUGACAUUCCUGCAGUUUCCAGCUGGUGUGCCAAAAUCCGUCCAGUUGUGGUGUGGCUCAAACGUUCAUCCUUGAGCAAAACUGUGCUCAGAGAAAAGCAGCGAAUCCUGAAUUUGCCAGAGCAUAAUGUAAUUCUUGACGUUAAGACGCGCUGGAAUUCUCUCUUCCUAAUGGUGGAGAGAUUUAUGGAGCAGUUUGAUGCAAUCCAGGCAGCUGCUCUGGAUCUACGGCUGAGGAAGCCUAUGGAGAAGGACAAGCUAGAAAGGUUCACGCACACCGAUUUAAUGAAGGCAGAGGAGUUUAUUAAGUGCAUGCAAGUCCUGUACACGUCAACCAUGUGUGUGUCAAGUGACAAGUCACCCACAUGCAGCCAAAUCAUCCCCAUCCUGGCCACGCUGGAGGCACAUUUCAGACGAUGUGAUGAAGACAGUGUUUUCACCUCUUCAAUAAAAGGGAAAGUCUGGGGUAGUCUGCAGAAAAGAUAUCAGGAUGAAAACCUUCAGAAAUUUCUGAAGGAGGCCAUGAUGAUGGACCCACGUUUUAAAGGCAGGCUAGGUGGUGAGGCAGCUACUGACAUCUGGGACAGGUUGGAGAAGGCAGCAGUUGCAAAUGCCACAGCAGCAGUUGCACAGCCUCCCACUGAGGACCCCAAAGCACACAGCAAGGUGGAUGAUGCUGACAUGGACAAGCCAGAAAAAUAUCUAAGUAAGGUCCAGAAGUCACCCUUAGAAAAGCUGUUUGAGGAUGAAGACAGAGAGCUUCAACAGGCUGCUUCUCAAGCGGGUAGAGUCCCCUCAAUCACAGAGCAGGUACAGAAGGAGCUUCAAAUAUACAAAAGACUGCCAGGAAUUACCUCUGGACAAGACCCUGUGGCCUGGUGGUGGAGUAAGAGGGAUACACGCCCCAAUUUAUCUGCCCUAUCAGAAAAAUACUUGUGUGUCCCAGCCUCAUCAACGCCUUCUGAAAGAGUUUUCUCUUGUGCUGGGCAUGCCAUCAGCCAAGAGCGAUGCUGUAUAGCUCCAGAAAAGGCUAAUAUGAUUAUCUUCUUGCAAAAAAACUGCUAAACAUCACAGGUUUCAUGACAAAGUUUGUGUUUUCAAUUGUUUAAGCACUGGUUCCAACCAAAGAAGUUAUGUUUUAUUGACAGAAAGGGCUAACUUUGUUAUCAUUUUGCUUAAAAAAAAUUACUGGGAAAAAUAAAAACACAAGAGGUUUUUGGACGAAGUUUCUGUUC